UAGGUGGUCUUGCGCGCGCCUGACUGAAUACGGUUUUUAUAAACGGCGAGGGGUGAUGGUACGGCAAGCUUCUGUAGGCGCGAAUUAGCGUGAAAACGUGGUUAAAAAACGUGAUCAGGCGUUUUAAAGGGGUAGCCUAAUAGAAACGUGAAGGAUUCCACACGUAAAGCGGAUUGGUAAAGGAAUAACAGGCGGAUAGUGCUGAGAACGGCUGGAGGAAAGGCAGGUUAAAGGUCACGUGGUGGAGGAAAAAAAGAGGUUUCUUGUAAGUGGCUCCUUGCUCCGUUCUUAGCAUGGUAGUGGCAGAAAUCGUCGUGGUGGGAUCCUGUAUGACUGAUCUAGUGAGCCUUACUAAACGUCUACCAAAAGUUGGAGAAACCAUACAUGGGUAUAAAUUUUUCACUGGAUUUGGGGGGAAAGGUGCCAACCAGUGUGUUCAGGCAGCUCGGCUUGGAGCUAAAACUUCAAUGAUUUGCAAGGUUGGGAAGGAUUCUUUUGGUAAUGACUACAUUGAAAACUUUAAAAAAAAUGGGAUUCCAACAGAAUUUGUAAAUCAGACAGAAGAUGCCGCAACAGGAGCUGCUUCAAUCAUGGUCAAUAGUAAAGGAGAAAACUUUAUUGUAAUUGUUGCAGGAGCGAAUUUACUUCUGAAUUCCAGUGAUUUAAAAAGGGCUGCUCAUGUCAUCUCUGAAGCCAAAGUGAUGGUCUGCCAACUCGAAAUAACCCCAGCAAUUUCUUUAGAAGCAUUAAAAAUGGCUCAUACCCAUGGAGUGAAGACUUUAUUUAAUCCUGCUCCAGCAAUUGCUGACCUAGACUCACAAUUUUACACUUAUUCCGACAUCAUCUGCUGCAAUGAAAGUGAGGCAGAAAUUCUAACAGGAAUUGCAGUUGGUAAUGCUGGAGAUGCUGGACAAGUUGGACUUAAAUUGUUAGAGAGAGGCUGUAGGACUGCCAUCAUAACUUUGGGACCAGAGGGUUGUGUGGUAGUCUCCAAAGAGGAACCAACACCAAAUCAUAUUCCUGUCAAGAAAAUCUCUGCUGUGGAUACUACGGGAGCUGGUGACAGUUUUGUUGGAGCACUAGCAUUCUACCUGGCUCACUACCCCAAUAUGCCUCUGCAUGAAAUGCUGAGGAGAAGUAACUUCAUAGCAUCCAUUAGCACUCAAACAACCGGGACACAGACUUCCUACCCUUACAGAAAGGAUCUGCCACAAAACCUAUUUUAAGCUGCGGUUUAACACAUUUGAUUUUUCUCUGCUCAAACUUUUUAAACAAAUGCCAACUACAUGGAUGCCAGAAUGAAGAUGGUACAAAUUGCAUAUUGUUUCUUAGCCUUAUCCUGAAUGAGACACACAUGGUGUGACACACUGCAAUUCCAAUUUAGGAUACAGCAUUUCAGCUUUACAGUGAGAUUAUUUCCAUGUCUUAGUCACCUAAGCAAGGACCCUUUUAUUACUGUAUGUUUUAAAAUUGUGAUCCUACCCCGAGAAUAAAUUUUUUGUGCCAUUUGGAAAUUCUUUGUUUGCACUGAAUGAAACAGGAUGAUCAAAGCAGAAAGAACUAUUUAAUAUAUUGA